GCACCUUCUUGCUGUCACCUCCCACUAUCCUGUGCUUCUCCACUCACCUCGGGAAUUUGUUUCUCGGGUCCCACCCGUUGUUUCGACCGCAGCACCCAAUACAAUUCCUCCAGACCUCGUCUUAACUUUCCGCCCCCCCCGGCUCCAUUUGCAAACAGCCAGGAGAGGGAUAUAAAUAUACUGAACCGCUUUCUGUGACCGGACGGGGAUAAAGCGAGAUACGGCGCUGUGUUACGACCUGUACAGUAAGGUACUCCCGCAUUUACUUGGGAGAAUGUAAGCAAGCCUUCACCCGCAGUUGCAUACCCUAUCAUUCCUACUGGCGCAAGAUAUACUAUCCGUCUAGCCUCCCUCGGGAUAUCGCCAGCCGAAUAUCUUGCUGGAGAAGGGGGGCAAUUGCCAGCGGGGCUUCCUGGGCAUGAAGAUGACAAUAUCAUGGUAGAUCGGCUAACCAUUUGACUUACAUAGCCUCUCGUUCGAUCGUUCCGGCCAACUCUUUCAUUCUUAAAACAAAGGGACAGAACCCCUACACCCCCCCCUCCACCGCGGUCGUGGCUCCCACAAAUCGUCCACGCCGGCGCUCCACCAUUGGAAGCAACGCCGGCCCACCCAAUCUCGGAAAUAUAGGGACCAACCUAUCUUCUGGUAUUUCAUUGAAUAACAAUUCUGCUACCCAUUCAUCAUUGCCUCCCAUACCUCAUACGCCCCUCAUGGGUGCCGGGGGCAGCUUUUGGGGGAGCGAUAGCGACAACAAUAACGGAUAUGCUGGGUCACGGGCGUCCACCCCGGGUCUGCCCGUAUCAAGAUCCCAUUCCCCGCUACCUUCCGAAUGCCCUUCGCUGCCCGAUUCAACGAGCAACGGUGGAAUAUGGCCGGGCCGGAAGGGUACCAGUAACGGGAGUGCAAACAUCGGCGGUUACUCACCCGCGAGGAAGUUUCUCGGGAAGCACUUAAGGAAGCUAUCAACUACGCUGCCAACCUACUCACCAUUCUCCCCACCAUACUCUACCUCGUAUGGUACGCCUUCGACACCUUUCCCUCCUGGUGGGCUGCGGAGUUGCUUUUCCUUGAGGAGAUCCAAAUUGAAUACCUUUCUGUUACUGAUUGCGGCUCUCAUGAUCUUUGUGUUCACAUAUUUACAUCAUAACCCUGUAUCGAGCAAGAUUCGGUAUGCUUCCGGGGGCUCGAAGAUCGUCAUCAUUUUGGCCGCAAAUCAGGGUGGUGGUGUCAUGAGCUGGAAGGGAGCGAAGGAAUGGGCUGUGGAGAGAGAUUCCAUUGCGAACAAGAAGGCGUAUGCUGAGAGGUGGGGGUAUCAUUUGGAAAUUAAGGAUAUGAGUACGAAGAGGAGAUAUGCGCAUGAAUGGAGAGAGAGCUGGGAGAAGGUGGAUGUCAUCAAGCAAACCAUGAGACAGCAUCCUAAAGCCGAAUGGUGAGUUUGUUGAUCCGGGGUUUUCGGUUUGUUCCGGGUUACUGGUUCAUGGAUAUUCCCUGGGAAUACCGGAAACCCGGUGGUAAUUUUUCUGGAGUUUUGGAGUAUAUAUGCUAACUUGAGGGGCUUCCAGGUUUUGGUGGUUGGAUUUGAAUACCUUUAUCAUGGAACCAUCAAUCUCCCUGCACUCGCAUAUCUUUCAGCAUAUCCAAAAUGUUACCUACAGGGAUAUUAACAUCUACAACCCACUCAAUAUCACCCAUCCCUUCUCGAAAACCGAUUUCUUCUAUCUGGAUGAUGUAUCCCUUAGCCCCGUCGGUGAUGAUAAGGCCGAAAGUAUCAACCUCGUCAUUCCCCAGGACUGUGGUGGUUUUAACCUUGGUUCCUUCCUGAUCCGUCGAAGUGAAUGGAGUGAAAGACUCUUGGACAUCUGGUGGGAUCCUGUCGGGUACGAGCAAAAACACAUGGAAUGGGAGCACAAGGAACAGGAUGCGCUGGUUUGUCUCCUGAUUUUCUCAUGGCUUGCAACUAUGAGGCUAAUUGGUUGCAUAGGAAUAUCUCUACACCAAUCAACCUUGGGUCCGUACCGGAACCGCCUUUAUCCCCCAAAGAAUGAUCAAUUCGUUCCCUCCCGGCGCCUGUGCUGAGACCCCCGAUGACAGGAGGAUCUUUUAUGAUGAGAAAGACCGUGAUUUUGUCGUGAACAUGGCUGGUUGCGAGUGGGGACGUGAUUGUUGGGGUGAGAUGGCUUACUACCGUCAACUCAGCGAGAGACUUAACUCCGGUUGGUGGAAGAAGUCCUUCCGCUAAACCUCUAGUUAUGGUCUGGAUGCACGGUAUACGCGUAGUCUCUUUGUAGAAUCAAAAGACUGGAGGUUUGGAAGCAAAAUUAGAAGUUUUAGUGGAUUAUAGGGUGGAUAGAAUGGUUUUGCCUUUUCUUUUUUCUUAUCUCUUUUCAUUUUUUUAUUUUUUUAUUUUGGGAAUGAGAAAUGAACCUUCUUCCCCCCCCUCCCCCCCUUUUUUUUUCUCCAUUGAAAACUUUUAGGCGUCUUCAGAGACGGGGGUUGCAUUUUUCCACCCUUUUCCACCUUCUGUUCUUUAUACAUACCUUUUCUUCUUUGAAGAUAUUACCAUGCCCCUCUGGGUAUGGAUUGCUGUAGAGGCUGGAGAUUUCUAGGGAGGUUGGUGGGCUAAUAAGCUAGUAUGCGGGUCUUAUUAUCCACCCUUUCAAUGUACAAAAUAGAGGAUUUUUAUGACUGAUUCAACUACUUCUCUCGCUC